UCUCGCGCCUCAAAUCGCGCAGGGAAGACGAUGAUAGCUCAAAAAGGGAAAUCUUAGCUAGAGAGCUUCCUCCAGUCUCAUCAAUGGAGUCUCUAAGCUUCAACUUUUCGAUAACAACGAGGAUACCCAAAUCAUCAUGCAAGCGUGGAACACGGCUAAUCGCAAAUCCCCUCUUCUCCCGCAACUUCGAAUUCAUCUGCAAGAAGGCUCCUUUAUUUUCUAUUACUUGCGAACUCAAGAACGCCAAAGGUAAAAAAACCGUAGCCAAUAAAAUCAUAGUCUCCCCAGCAUCCGCUCCACCGCCGUCGGAGAAAAACGGUGUCACCGGGAAGACUGAAAAUGCAGGACAGCAAGAUAAGGUUAGUGGGGAUAAUUUUCGGUCGUUGAAGAAAUUGCAGAGGAAAGUUCUGUCAAUCCUGUCCAAUUUGCCUUUGGCUAUUGGAGAAAUGGCUACAAUUGCUACCUUGAUGGGAUUGGGAACUUUAAUUGAUCAAGGUGAAAAACCUGAUUACUAUUUUGAUAAAUACCCGGAAGAUAAUCCUGUCUUUGGAUUCUUCACUUGGAAGUGGGUUCUCACUCUUGGCUUUGAUCAUAUGUUUUCAUCACCUAUAUUCCUUUCAUUGCUGGUUUUACUAGCUGCCUCACUCAUGGCAUGUACAUACACAACUCAAAUUCCUCUGGUUAAGGUAGCAAGAAGAUGGUCAUUCAUGAAGUCAACCGAGGCAAUUCGCAAGCAAGAAUUCUCAGAUAUUCUUCCAAGUGCUUCUUUACAAGAUUUGGGCGUCAUUUUGAUGGGAUCUGGAUAUGAGGUUUUCAUGAAAGGGCCGUCUUUAUAUGCCUUCAGAGGUCUGGCUGGUCGGUUUGCUCCAAUAGGAGUGCAUAUAGCAAUGCUUCUGAUAAUGGUAGGUGGAACCCUAACUGCCACUGCAAGUUUCAAAGGUUCAAUCACAGUUCCUCAGGGUCUAAACUUUGUAGUUGGAGAUGUGUUGAGACCAAAUGGGGUUUUCUCUGUCCCAACUGAUGCAUUUAAUACUGAAGUUCAUGUCAACAGUUUCUACAUGGAUUACUACGAUAGUGGCGAUGUACGCCAAUUUCACAGUGAUCUAUCGUUAUAUGAUAUGGAGGGGAAAGAAGUGAUGAGAAAAACGUUGAGCGUGAAUGAUCCAGUGAGAUAUGGUGGAUUAACCAUGUACCAAACUGAUUGGAGCAUAUCGGCUUUACAAGUUAUGAAGGAUGACGAAGGACCUUUUAACUUGCCUAUGGCACGUUUGAAACUGAGUGGAGAUAAGAAACUUUUUGGGACUUUCCUUCCUAUUGGAGAUAAUAAUGAUUCUACUAGUGUCAAGGGGAUAUCAAUGCUUGCUCGGGAUUUGCAAUCGAUAAUUUUGUAUGAUCAAGAAGGGAAGUUUGUGGGUGUUCGAAGACCAAACUCUAACCUUCCAAUUGAAAUUGAUGGAGUAAAGAUUGUUAUUUUGGAUGCCAUUGGUAGUACUGGCUUGGAUUUGAAGACUGAUCCUGGUGUGCCCAUAGUUUAUGCUGGAUUUGGUUCUUUGAUGCUUACAACUUGCAUCAGUUUUCUAUCCCACUCACAGGUAUGGGCUUUACAAGAUGGAACAAGAGUUGUAGUUGGAGGAAAAACAAACCGAGCUAAGGUUGAGUUUCCAGAUGAGAUGAACCUCUUGUUGGAUCUGGUACCAGAGAUUGUUGAAACAUCAUCAUCAUCAUCUCUUGUGCAAAAAUCUGAUAGUAUCAGCUAGCAAGAGCUUGAAACAAACAUUUCUUUUUACAUAUUUCAAGUGGAAUUAUCUUUGUUACUGAGAAAAUGAAUUGAGAUCACUCAACAUUCGUUGCAAUUCAUGGUGACACCUCUCCAAUGCAUAAAGAUAACAGCAUUUUAAGAUCAAGCAACACGAUCUUACAUGGGAGAUAUAUAAUGAAGAAGAAUCUAAGACACCAUUAUUUUGUUACAAAACUGCUGCAAGUUUUAUUAUUGUUUUUUUUAAAGAAUGAAUUGGUUGACAGUGUAAUUGAUGAAAAUGAAUUAGGGUUACAACUCUCUGUAUGUAAUUAUGGAUGCAUAUUAUUGAGAUUUUGUCUUCAAUAAGGCCAAUGGACUAUUUAAUGGCAGUAUUCAUCACAA